UCUUAAAUUUACUCCGUAUCAUAAAUUACACUUCCGGUUAUAGACACGUAUUGAUUUUCUCACAUUUUCCACAAAUUUUAGCGAAAAUAUGACUUUCCUAACUUCAUGGGAAGAAUUUUCCAAGGCAGCUGAAAGGCUUUAUGUGAAUGACCCUGCCAAAUGCCGAUUUGUAACAAAAUACAGACACUGUGAUGGCAAACUUGAAGUCAAAGUGACAGAUGAUUCGGUGUGUUUACAAUACAGAACGGAACAUGCUCAGGAUGUAAAGAAACUCGAAAAAUUAACAAGUCAGUUAAUGAGACACAUGGCAUCCAAAGAGAAAUGAGUGCUGUAUAAAGAUUAUGAUUUAGAUUUAAUUUUAUUCUUGGUGAACUGAAAAAUGGUAUGUUGAUCAUUUGGAAUAUGUACAUUUAGUAUUCAGCAGUUUGUAGUAGAGUGACUUCAACAGUGUUAUGUUCAGUAACAUACAGCAAGAAGAGAUACAUGUACAUAUGAACAUCAUAUUUGAACAUUUCAAGUGACAAACAUAUGAGGUAACAUUAUGAAAAGAAUGAGAAAAAUAUGUAAAUGGCAGAAUUUACUUUUUAUGACAAUAUCUUUUGUCUUUUUCUAAUGGAAUAAGUGCUAUUUCUGCAUAUUUUGAUAUUUUGUAAGUCUUUUGUUGGUAGGUGAAGUACGGUGUACAAUAUGAUUAUAUAUGGUGGGGAUAAAUCACAUCUUUUGCAAACUUCACCACAGUCAACAGUUUUAUUCAUGAGAACAAUAUUUAAAUUUUCAUAAAAAUUAUUACUUAGCUCCUGCUUUAGAGAUGUCUUUAUCUUGCAACUAUUAUUGUCAAAACCCAUACAACAUAAAUUAAACAUAUAUUACAUUAUUUAGAAGUAAAUCUCUACUAGAAUUGCUUAAACCAUUAUGAAUUUAAAUCUGAACAGUACAAAUUUUGUAUAUGUAAAAAGACUUUUAUCAACCAUUGGUUGUGAUGAAUUUGAAUUAGCAAAGAUUUAGUUCAUUAUUUCUUGAAUAUUAAUAUUAGGAGGAUAAUAAUUUCUAUGAUAAAUGGGUGCUUAAUUCCAUGUUGUUAUCUGUGGAAUGUCUAUUUUACCAUCCUGUGUAUCUGUUUCAUGAAGUUUGGAAUGCUUAACCCUUAACAUGUAGAAUUUUUAUAUUAGGUUUGUAAUGCUUUGAAUUUGGAACAGUCCAGUCAAAGUUUUAGGGAUUUCAAUAUCAAAAUAAAGAAUUGAGCUACCAACAGUAUAGUCUAGUCAGACUGCACAUAUGUGAUGUGUUGGUUCGUCUUGCUCUAUGCCGUGGCCAAAGAUUUAUAAACAAAAUUUCUUCUUUAGAUCUUGUGAAUUAUUUUAUAAUGAUUUGUUAGAAAAGAAUGACAGAUAACUGUAAACAUUUAACCUUUUGAUCCUUUAGAAUAAUACUUUGUAUGCACUUUGUAUUACUGUGAAAUUGAUAUCAAUUUUUGGAAGAAUAUUUUUUUCAUGUGUAAAUUUGUAUAUACUUUAUCCUUAUUGUAUUUUAUAUGCUGUCUAGCAUAUUAAAGAUUAUGUUCUAUUUAAAGAUUUAAAUAAAAUUGAGAAAGUGA